UUGUUGUUUUGGAAAAGUGUACAAUUAUUCCUUACUAAGUAUAAUUAGUAUUCCCCAUCCCAUAAUAUGAAAAUAUUGACCCAAUCUAUUCAGAAUGUACCUACGCGAAAGAGAACCUAUUAGGUUAACCCGCAAAACUAAUAAAAUGAUAAUUUUUCAAGAGAGAAAAAAAAACACGCAGAAAAUCGCCGACAGUCAGGAGAUGAGCUUGAGCCUUCAGUUGGCCUUGAUGACCUUGUGCCCUUGAGGUGACCCUGUAUGGACUUGUACCCUCGACGGCCUUGAUGACCCAUCAGAUGACCUUGUACCCUUGAUGACCUUGGCCCUUGAGAUGGCUGCUCCGUUUUUCUUGUGAACUGCUUUUUCGAAAGCAAUACUAUAUUGGAUCUCGAUCUGCUAGAAGAGAACAGAUCACAGUUACAUGUUUUGGACCCGCAAGCAGGAUUUUAAUAUGCCGCACUAAGAACAAAGAUGAAGAACAUCAAAGAGAUCGAUCAGAAGCUCCAGUGAUCUUUUGUUCCCACGAUUUUGCGAUGGUAAAAUUCAUUUUGACCCGAUCGCCCAUAACUCUUUUCAUUGAAUUCUGACAGCGACACAUACCUUCAAUUGAAUCUAAUGACAAUCUGCCCGUUUCCAUAUACUUAGUUUCUUUUUACAUCACGACUAGCAGUAGGUGCACUCAAAAAAAUUGUUAUCUUCAACCCUUUGUGAUUACCUUUGUAGUUCAUCUCCUCUCAACCGAGAUAGCAAAAAGAUGGCCGUUCCUCCGAGUGAGGUAGUACAUCUUCCUCGACUAGGAGGAUCACCUUCUUUCCCAACGCUCCCUCCUGGCUUCCUCUCCAUCGAUGGAGUUUUCCGUUUAUGCGAAGCUUUUGUAGUUGGCGCGCUCGCUUGGCGCGCUUUUGGCAGAAUACGUCGUCUGGAAAGAGUCUUGAAGGGCAACCAACAGGGAGUGGCUGGAAAAGACGUUGAGCAAACUAAUAAGACGCAAACAUCUACUGCGACUACAACAUUAGUCCAAGUGUUGUGGAGAGAAGCAGUCGAGUUGCUACUUGCUGGAGGUGCGAAGUUUUUUGGAUUGGGGACCGACAAAGAAGAUAAUGAGCAAGUUGUUGUGGGAGAUCAUGAGCUGUUGGAGAUGACGGAAGUGAAUGUUCUGUGUGAAGAACACAAAGAAAAGCAGGACGUGAUUGCCACUGAAAUGUUGGUGAGGAAUAUCCAGUUCUACGGCGAAGAUGGGCAAGCCCGCGUAGAGAACAGCUUCGUCGUUGUGGUUGGCGUGGGUGGCGUCGGGAGUCACUGUGCUGUUGCACUCGCAAGAUCCGGUGUCAGACGCAUCAGGCUGAUCGAUUUCGAUAUGGUCAGUCUUUCGUCCCUGAACCGACAUGCUUGCAGCGCUUUCGAAGAUGUAGGUAGUGAAAAGGUCUUGUGUGUGCGCGACUUUAUUCGAAAGAUCAACCCCAGAUGUGAGGUGGAUGCACGACAAGCACUAUUUUCGAUCGAAAGAGCAGAUGAGCUGAUAUUGGACAUUGAUAUCGUGGAUGGUGAUGUGGCUCAGGUGGACUCAAAAGAUGUUGACCCUACAGACAUCCCUGACUUCGUCGUCGACUGCAUCGACAACCUGCCAACAAAAUGCGACUUGAUUCAGUACUGUCAGGGAAAGAACAUUCCACUAAUCGUUUCUGCUGGGAUGGCAGCUAAGGCAGAUCCGACGAAGCUACGAGUGGGACCCUUGACGGACACUGCGGAAUGCGAACUGGCAAAGCGUGUAAGACAAGAACUUCGAUUGAGAAAUAACCGUAAUACGCAAGAUGGAGAUGUUAAUGACGAUGAUACUGGUGACGAGGAGGUGGACAGAGAAGUUGGAGACCAAGAACAACAAGGCAAUGAUCGACAUGGAGCAGUCGACGAAGCGGAAGCCCCAGUUCACCCUACCAGGGCUGGCCCUCAAGAACACCCGAUGCUAAGUCACGUCGUCGAUCUCGACCUUGUCCCUGUCGUUUACAGUGUCGAACGAACAGCUCGUGCCCUCAUGCCCCUCAAAGAACACCAGAACCCUGAGAAUGCCAAAGACUUUGCGCCACUCGAGAACUUUCGUGUCCGAACACUGCCUGUCACGGCACCCGUGCCCGCUUGUGCUGGCUACACCCUGGCUGGCUACGUCUUAUGCGAACUAGCUGGUCAGCCGAUGGUGCCGGAUCAACAGCGCGAACCUUUGAAGACUAAAACUUGGAGAAGGUUUUUGGAAAAAGCUAAGAUGAUGCUUCCACAAGAGGCUCACUGGGUCAAACCGGAACAAGCUGAAGGCCUGCUCUACGACGUCUACAAGCGAAGAGGCUGUCUGGAGGACACGCGUGGAGCUCAGUUACAGUUGGUGCCGAUUGACGUGGAAAUGUUGAAGAGGAUCAAAGCUGGUCAAGAAUUAGAAGAUUCAACAUGCCUAGAAGGAGGAGAUGAACAGCAAAACCAAGACCAAGAAGAAUCUUCUUCUUCGUCCCCUCAUUCACCACAACACAACGACGACUCCGAAGAAGAACUCAAUCUGUUCGAUAUGGAGGUAGCCGCUGAAGAUCUGGAAAAGCCUCGACCGAAAUUCUACUCAGAACCUGCGAAUUGGAUUCUCGUCAACAAAACAGAGGCUAGCGCUAUCGUCAGGUGGUUCAAUGGUCGAAAUUGGGAUGGGCCUUUACCACCGUUUUUUGACGUGAAAAAAGACGAAUCCAAAUUGAAAAACAUCGAUCGGGUGUUGAGUUUGGUGGAACAAGCGGGUGUUGAGUUUGGUGGAUUGAAUGCCUAGAUGGUUCCCUGACUUCCGAUUCUUUUUUUCCUGAUGAGGGAAGUAGACGAUGCAAUAAAUCUACACUUGUUGUUUUCGCCUUCAAUAAUGACCUCUGGAUUCUUUACGUCCACAUAAUUCUACUUCG